AUGCCAGAAAUCGACUUCAAGGCAGCUGGCGAGGCUUCUGCUGCAGACCUUAUCCGAAAGGUCCUGGGCCAUUACGCCAUGGACGACGUGCAGGGCACAGCCGGCAUCAAGAGGCAAGUGCUAGUGGGCCAUACCGGCGUCAGCUUCCUCGAUGUACCGCACGUGUGGGUUGAAGGAGAGGGAUGGAAAUACUGCGAUGACAAGGAGCACGAUGCGUUCGAAGAGAUUCACUGGUACAGCACGGACGUGAAGGGCAAGAGGAUGGCGGCAGAGGAGUCGAAGAAAAGCAAGAAGAAUGCAAAUGCCAUGCUGCGGGCGCUGGGGCUGCAUGACGAGAAGGACUUGACCAAGCUCCGGGACCAAGCUGUUCGUGUCUUCCGGCAGUUCGACGACGACAACAGCGGCAAGCUCACCGCCUCGGAGAUCAAGGAAGCGUUUGAGAACCUGGGCAUGAGCAUCUCGCUCAAGGAGGUUCGCGCCAUGAUCGACAUGAUCGACGACAACGGCGACGGCAUGGUGGACGAAGAGGAGUUCUGCACUCUGGUGUUCAAGUCCAUCAGAGAGUGGAGGGACGCGGAAGAUGAUGAAGAGAAGCUCGAGGAAGUGGAUAAUGACGUCAAGAUGCUGAACAAGAGACGCGGCAAAGUCGUGAAGUCGCAGGAGAUAGAAGGAGCAGACCUGGCCCAAGAAGACAGUCCCAGCGGCGCGUCUAGGAUGAGCGGAAAGGAGGAAGGUGGCGGGCUCUCGGAGGAGGAGGACGAGGCUCUGGCCGUCGUCUGA